AUGCGGAUUAACAUUCAAUCUCUACUUUUGCUCGCAUCGCUUGCUUCUUCUGCUCUUGGAUGCAAUGGCGAUGCCCGACUCUGCGGCCGCAAAUACUCAAAUGUCACUCAGAUAGGCGCCCAUAACAGCGCCUUCGUAGGGGAGCUGCCUACCCAGAAUCAAGGGCUCGAGGUCGAGGGGCAAUUGGAUAUGGGGAUCCGCUUCCUACAAGCUCAGACACAUAAUCUCUUCGGACUGGGUGAAAUGUACAUGUGUCAUACGUCGUGCUUUCUCCUCAACACUGGCCCACUCGUGAAGUAUCUGGAGCGCAUCAAUAAGUGGAUGGUGGCUCAUCCAAAUGAAGUUGUCACCCUUCUCCUCACCAACCAGGAUAAUGCGGAUGUAUCCAUCUUUGGCAAGGCAAUGAUCAACAGCGGGCUCGCAAAGUUGGCAUAUACGCCGCCGAAAAAACUCGCCUCGAACGAGUGGCCGACGCUGCAGGAGAUGAUUAAUUCCAAUAAGAGGCUCGUUAUGUUCCUUGAUUACCACGCAGAUACCGCCAAGGUCCCGUAUAUCCUCGACGAGUUCGCAUACUGCUUUGAGACGCCCUUCUCCCAAACAGAUCCAAAAUUUCCACAAUGCUCUGUCGAUAGGCCGCCUAAUGCAUCAUCAGCUGGUCGCUUUUCGAUCAUCAACCACGUCCUCGACUUUGCUCUCACCCCCGGCAAGGAUGGCGUCUUAGUUCCAGAUAUCCUGGAGGCAGAGAAGACUAAUAGCGUGGCAUCGAUCAUGGCGCAGGUAGGGCUCUGCCAAGAGGCGCAUGGCGCCACUCCUAACUUCAUUUUGGUGGACUAUGCCGAGAGAGGCGAGGUGAUCAAAGCACAGAAUAUGAUGAAUCAUUUGGUGUAG